AUGGAACAGAUCCGAUGCAGCACCAUCAGCAGCUGUGGAACAUGGGUAGCGUAUUCAGAUGUGGAGAAAAUCAGAGUCUAUCAUAUCACGCACAACCCGUUGUCAAUAAACAGGGUGCCUACCAUCCCUUCCAACCUGCAUCCUGCGCAUCAUCUAGUCUUUACCUCCGAUUCAUCCAAGCUGGUCUCUGCAUCAGGUAGAUCAUCGGGUCUUCAGGUCCUCACCGUUGACGGUCCAGAUGGAGUGGACUGUCCCCAGCCCCUGGUCCAGUCCGUAUCGGUAGCAGAGGUCCAGGGGCCGUACACGGCGCUGACGGUCAGCAGGGAUGGAGAGAGGGUUGCUGUUGUGGGGUCAGAGGGCAAGGUGGCUGUCUUACCACUGAAUUCUAACAAGAUCAAAUCAGUGGUCCUGCCUCACACCAAGGUCCAUCCAUGUUGUUUAGAAUUCCACCCAUCCAAUAAGCAACUAGCAGUAGCUUAUACUGACAGAAAAAUUGCGGAGUAUGACUUCACCAAGCACGAGUACACACCUUGGAGCAGGGCUGUUCAUAAACAAGGGCUCCAUCAAGCGUGGAUGGUCAAAACCAGCGUCAUUCACCAGAUGACCUUUGAUCCUUUGAACCCUGACAGGCUUCUGGUCCAAGACGGAACCUGGUUGACCGUCAUAGACAAGUCCAAGUCUAAUGUCCAGUUGUUCUACUUCAUCUACUUAUUAUUUACUCUGUCAAAGGAAAGUGUAGUGGUUUCACAGUACACAAUUCUUUCUUUGGCAUAUGUUAGUCCUAAAAAAGGACCACCCAAACUUGACAUUUCUACAAGUGUGUGCUUGUCAUCUUCAGGAAAAUGA